AUUUGGAAUAUUGCUCCAACAGGUAAAUUAGAACUUAGGAAACUAACAAGGCUCGUCGCAGUAAAUCAAACGAGGCUGACAAAAACUUGGCCCUUCUUUAUUCAUCGUAAACUGCACCAUAUUAAUUUCAACGAACUAGGAAUUAUAAGGACGUGAUUGCAUUCAUGAUUGAGUGAGAAUGUAAACAUGUACAGGCCAUGUCAGCAAAGGAUGUGAGGGCAUGGAGAGAGCAUUGCGCUUAUCCGGUAACACCAUUGGAAGUAUCAAUUAAAAUCAUAGGGAAUAUUGAAAGAACCUCGUGAUUCCGCAAGACACACUUUCGUAAACAAUCUAUACAAUUGACAAAAUAGGAUUAAUGUCAUUAUUAAAGAGAUCUGGCUUGGACACUGAUUAAGAAAAGAAUAUAUAUCUCAAAUGAUAUGAUCGAGACUGCCUGCGAAGCUUUGCACAUCAUGGAUAGAACUUUUUUUAAUUUUUUUUUUGAGCAAUGAGUUACAUGUAAUUAUAAUGCCAUUUACUUUUAAAAAUCAAACAGGCCUCUCCAAACAGGAUACAACAAAACACAAAUGAGUGGCAAAACCACAAAUGAGUGGCAAAACCACAAAUGAUUGGCAAAACCACAAAUGAUUGGCAAAACCACAAAUGAUUGGCAAAACCACAAAUGAUUGGCAAAACCACAAAUGAGUGGCAAAACCACAAAUGAGUGGCAAAACCACAAAUGAUUGGCAAAACCACAAAUGAUUGGCAAAACCACGAAUGAGUGGCAAAACCACAAAUGAUUGGCAAAACCAUUAAUGAGUGGCAAAACCACAAAUGAGUGGCAAGACCACAAAUGAGUGGCAAGACCACAAAUGAGUGGCAAGACCACAAAUGAGUGGCAAAACCACAAAUGAGUGGCAAAACCAUAAAUGAAAAAUAUAUAAACAUAGAAAGAGUGGCAGACAGACACCCGUAUACUAAAAAAACAAUAUUAAUAUGACUACGAGCCCAGAUGCAUAUACAAUAAACAAUAAAUUCAAAAAAUCUUUAUAGCCGCUACAUCUCAUUUGAUGACAUCAUCAUAUGCAAUAUUAUCAGAUAACUCAAAUGCGAGUUUGUGUGUGUGGCAUGUAUACCAGUGGCAGUUACCAUUAAUAUUAUAUUGAUCUGAUUCAGCUACUGAAUAUAACAUAAUUACAAUGGAUUGUUAUAUUUUUUGGGUGUUAAUGGCAAGGAUUAAGUAUUGGACAAUGUAGUGUCUUGUUGACUACAUUGAUCAAAAAGACAUCAGCGGAAAUGGCCGAAAAUCUCAACUAAAGUUCAUACCUUGUUAUGUUCUGAGUGGAUCUUAUCAUAUUAGACUUGUUAUUAGAAUGAGCUUGUAUUAAAAGCUUUUUCAGCCACUCUUCAAAUAAUUUUGUGAAUUUACACUCCAGUGCGUUCUACUAGUUAUCAUGACAUCAUAUUAAACAACUGAAUAGAACUUAACCAAGUGAGACAUUGUCUAUUUAAAACCCAGACUGUUAUGUGUGUUGGAACACUACAUUGACUGUAGGUCACAAUACUUCAAAUGAUGAGCAGUAUAAUGUGUAUCAAUGACAAUUUAUGCAGCAAGUGCAUGGUACAUUAACAUUCUGAAUACAAACAUGUGUUCAACUGACAUAAAACCAUGUGAUGGGCUUAGUAAGGUACCUCCAUACCCAGUGCCUAAAAGCUACGAAGAAUUUGAGAUACAUGUAUUUGAAGAUAAGCGUUAUAUUAAAUUCAAUGACUUAUAUUGGUACUUACGGCAGGGACUGGAUAAAGAGCUGAAAAUAUCACAUCUGAAACGAGAUUUAUGCAUUAAUACUCAAGUCACUAAAGAGGCUGAAGAGGCUAAAGAAAUUGAGGAACUAUUUGUGCCCUUUCAGAUCUUUUUUCGAUAUAUCUCACAGAGAUGGGAUGUUAAGAAUUGGAAACCGUGUAAUCAACUCUUUGGAGAAAUCAUGGAUAAACUUUUCACUAUCAAUAAAGUUGAGGCUUUAGAAUCCACAAAUCAAAUGGUACUUACAAGGAAUAAAUUCCAUUUCAAGAAUUUCGAUAUGUAUAUUUUUGAUAAUGAGUACUACCUGAAAUUCACUAGCGUGCUCAAAUUUUUCAGACGUUCAAAAAUGCCAAAGUCACAAGUGUUGAAAACUUCCAUGAUGGCUAGAGAGCUCAAUCGUUAUAGUACCGGAAUUAUAAGAAUAAAUGGUGCAAGGUAUGUGCCACUAAUUGCCGUUGUACGCUAUGUUUCUAAUCAUUAUGAGGUUCGGGAAGAAUGCCGGGAAAUUUUAGAUGGCAUGUUGAAUAAGCUUUAUGAACUUGGCGAAAACACAGAUCUUGACAAGGAUAAUGUUGUAAAAACUGAACGUGAGCAUGAAAUGAAUAAUAGUUUUAGUGAUAGUGAAACGCAAGAAGAUACCUCCUCAGCAGUUAUAAAAUAUGAGAUUUCUGACAUUGCAGAGGAUGCAGAAGAUCAAGAAAUUGAUAGUUCAAAAGAUGACAUCAAAAAUUCUAAAAACAACAAUAUGCCUGACAUCCUAUGCGAUGAAAGCACUUUCAAUGGCAGCUUUGUUUCGUAUGUCAAGAAACAUAUGCAGUCCGUUUCAGAAGAACAUGGCACUGACAACAUGAGAAGAGACAACUCACCAGAAAGAACUAUGAAUGAAGUUAAUGAUCUCAGUAAGAACAACGAGAAUGCAGAUCUUCUAUAUACCGAGUUUGAAAUAACUGAAGAGGAGAUUUCCUUCUCAGAUGUUGAUGAUACAACUAAUGUUCAAGAAAAAAUUCAUGAACCAACCACAGAGCUUGUGAGUAAACCUAAUGAAUCUGCUUCAAAAAACAUCAAUGCAAGCUCCUCUGAAUUAUGUGAUGAUAUUAAUUACUCAGAAAUGUCAGCCACUGAAACAUGCCUCGAUGAAAGCAAUGACAGUAUAAUUACUGAAUUAUUUGAGAACUUUAAUCCAGAGUUAAAUACCAAAGACACAUACAGCAAAAAGACUUGGGUAUCCAGCAAAAAUGAACUCUCUCUGAAAUACACAAAAAUGGACUCAGACCAUACUCAAAACUUGGGCCAGACUCAAAACUUAGAUUACGCUAACAAUUUUGAUCACACUCAAGAGUUGGAUCAUGCUCAAAACGUAGACAAUCUACUUCAAAAUGAAGCCACUUACAGAAAUUGUGUGAAACGGCUGAAUGAUGCAGCCAAUCAUAUUGCGAGGCUACGUUGUGAUGUAACAUGCUUGAAAGCAAAUCAAAGUAUCUUAAGAAAAAGAGAAUCUCGCAGCAUUUCAUCUGAGCUGGUUGAGAAUCUUUCUAAAUUCGACAAACAAA